GGCUGCGAUUUCCGGCCACCGCGAUGGCCCUCGUCUAGCGGCGAGGACGCCAGGAGAGGGACCCUGGGUUUGCCAGCCCGGGAUUUCCGUACCCCCUCCCCAACGCCGGAUGUCCUCACUAAAGCUUCAGCAGGAACCAAUGGACAAAACCUGCAGCCUGAGCCUGAGCUAGGACCACCUCCCAGGGACAAACUAGGCCCCCUUGACGACGCUGACCCAGCUGCUGGCAAGUUUGGGCAUCUGCGGGCCUCAGAGGGAGAGACCUAUCAGCCAGAGGAAACCAAGAACGUUGACAAGACUGUCACCAUCGUCAUCAUGACAACCAGUCACCAACCACAGGACAGGUACAGAUUCGUCUGGUUUAUCUUCUUCAUGCUGGGCUUGGGGACACUGCUUCCCUGGAAUUUUUUUAUGACAGCCACUCUGUAUUUCAGAAACCGCCUGACUGACCCAAUCCGCCUGGCCAACCCGUAUAACACCUCCUUGGUCACUGCUGAGCCGAGCGGAACCAUCGAGCCCUCCUCCAUCCCCACAGUAGCCUUUCCAGAGAAUAAUUAUCUCAGUGCCAUCUUUAACAACGUCAUGACCUUGUGCGCCAUGCUGCCCUUGCUGCUCUUCACCUGCCUCAACUCCUUCCUGCAUCAGAGGAUCCCCCAGUCUGUUCGGAUCCUGGGCAGCUUGGUAGCCAUCCUGUUGGUGUUCCUGAUCACUGCCAUUCUGGUGAAGGUGCAGCUGGCUGCUCUGCCUUUCUUCGUCAUCACCAUGAUUAAGAUCAUGCUCAUUAAUUCAUUUGGUGCCAUCCUGCAGGGCAGCCUGUUUGGUCUGGCUGGCCUGCUGCCCGCCAGCUACACAGCCCCCAUCAUGAGUGGCCAGGGCCUGGCAGGCUUGUUUGCCUCGGUGGCCAUGAUCUGCGCCAUCGCCAGUGGCUCACAACUGUCAGAAAGUGCCUUCGCCUACUUUAUCACAGCCUGUUUCGUCAUCAUUUUAGCCAUCGUCUGCUACCUGGCCCUGCCCCGGCUGGAAUUCUACCGCUACUACCAGCAGCUCAAGCUUGAAGCUGGGGAGCAGGAGAUCAACUUGGACCUCAUCGGUAAAGGAGAGGAGACGAGAACAGUCAAAGAGGAGUCCAGAGUUUCAACCAAUUCUCAGCCCGCCACCAAACGCCACUCCAUCCUAGCCAUCCUCAAAAAUAUCUUAGUCCCAGCUCUCUCCGUCUGCUUCAUCUUCACCAUCACCAUCGGACUAUUUCCUGCUGUGACUGCUGAGGUCAAGACCAGCAUUGAGGGCACCUGGGGCAAGUACUUCAUUCCUGUGUCCUGUUUCCUGACUUUCAAUAUCUUUGACUGGAUAGGCCGGAGCCUUACAGCUGUAUUCAUGUGGCCUGGCAAGGACAGCCGCUGGCUGCCCAGCCUGGUGCUGGCCCGGGUGGUGUUCGUGCCUCUGCUGCUGCUGUGCAACGUCAAGCCCCGCACCUACCUGCCUGUGGUCUUCAAGCACGACGCCUGGUUCAUCUUCUUCAUGGCUGCCUUCGCCUUCUCCAACGGCUACCUCGCCAGUCUCUGCAUGUGCUUCGGGCCCAAGAAAGUGGAUCCGGCUGAAGCAGAAACUGCUGGAACCAUCAUGGCCUUUUUUCUGUCUCUGGGCCUGGCGCUGGGGGCUGUAUUAUCCUUCCUGUUUCGGGCAAUCGUGUGAUUACGGAUGGACAGAAAGACAGUCGGGCUGCCUGCUCCUGCCCCUUCCUUUAUGGAAUGGGUGGGGGUGGACUGGAGGUUGUUUUCUAGUUGACAUCUGCUUUCUCAAGGCCUGUACUGGGCCCUGAUGUUCAGGCCCUGAGGAGGAAACUCUGGAUGGACAGUGGAGAACACGGCCUGAGGGUCAGAGUUGAGGGAGGGGACACAGUCUAUAUCUGCUUAAGGCCCCCCACAUGUGGCUCUGACUGAUCCCUAUUUGAACAGGAUGGCAGAGGCUGAGAGCGUGUGUGUGUGUUCAUGUGUGUCAGUCAGUAUGUUUGUCUGCUUGUGCCAGGGGUGGCUAGGGGCCAGGACUGUCUGUUCUAAGGUCCCAUCUGAUAUUUCCACCCCCCCUUCUCCCAGUGUCCUUCCCCCCACCUCUCCAUGUUCCUACCCAAAAUCCAUUCUGUUACAGAUGCCAUUUUACUGCCUUUUUUUAUACUGGACAGAAACCAGGUGCCUUCAAUGGCUUGCUAAUUAAAUAAACCUUUUUUUUUUUUCUCUCCAUGGUUCCC